AUGGAUGACGAGGGCGUUGGGGAGGGUCACCACUCGCAAGGCAGCGCGAUGCAGGGCCAGAACGCGGGCCCAGCCCCCGGAGACGCGGAUCUCCUCCCACGGGUCCAGGAGGCGAUGACCCUCAACGGCCUGAGCUGGGAACAGCAGCAACAGAUACUGCAGACCUCGUCGACCGAGCAGCUCCGGUCGUACCUCACAACGUUCCAGGGAGAGCACGACGACGACGAGGACACGCACAUGUUCCCCGUCGACGACGACGACGACGUCGAGGACGUCAGCAUUUCCUCGGCGGGCGACGCAGACCACUCGGCCCAGGACGACCUCCUGGCCUCGCUGGAGGGGGAGGACCUCACCGGGGACCUGCACAGGGAAGUCGAGCACCUGGAGCUGAACGCGGAGCAGUCGUACGCCGGCGUCACCGCCGUGCACACCGCGAUGGCGCCCGAGGCCGUGCUCAGGGUGCUGGCGACGCGGCACUUCCUGCAGCGCGUGCUGGCCGCCCGCGAGGACGCAGCCGCGCGGACGCCGUCCAGCAGCGGCCGCAGCUCGCGCAGAGACAGCCCCACGCAGGACGCCGGGGACGACGACGAGGAGGUCGCGGUGGUGCGCUCGCUGUACCGGCUCCCGGGCGACCUGCUCGACUGCAUCGCGGAGGCGGCGGCGGCGCUGCCCGUGCACCUGCGCACCGGCGAGGGCCACGAGCUGGCCAGCGUGGCGCAGUGCGAGGGCGUGCGCUGCGUCGACCUGGGCGGGCGCGUCGUGCGGCUGCCGGGCCCGCUGCACCUGGACCUCGGCCAGCGCGUGCGGACGCGGGAGCUCGAGCUGCGCAACGGAGUCAUCAUGCCCGGGGUGCAGGCGCUGUGCCUGCACCGGAGCCCCGCCGCGGGGGGCAACUGGCUGGAGCGCCCCCCGGGACUGGGCUCGGAGGGGAACAUGGCGCGGUGGGGCGGGAUCAUCGUGACAGGCGGUUCCUUGACGCUCAACCGCGUCACGGUCACGAAGACGUGGGGUCUGGAGUCGCGGAGGUCGUACGCAGUCAUCGUUGUCAGGGAGGGGGCGUUCAACUUCAUCGACAUCCCUGUCAACGGCGGCCAGCGGUCCCGCGGACGGAGCUCGACCACCACCACCCCGCCGCCCAGCAGCCAGCCGCCGGACGCGGUGUCAGCGGCGGCCGCGGGGCCCGCGCUGCCCGGUGCGGCCGGUGGGAGCGCAGCCGUGCCGGCCGCACCCGCCGCCGGGAACCCGUCGACUCCGCUGCAGGCCAACGAGGCCUCCCAGCCGCCCCCGGCCCCGGAGCUGCCCGCCGGCGCCGCGGGCGGCCCGCAGGGCUUCCGGACCUUCCACCGCAUCAUGACGUGGUGGCGCGGGAUGGCGCAGCCCCCGCCGGCGCGGGGCGGCGCGGGCGCGUCGGUGGACGUCACGGGCGUCCCGAAGUGGGUCGUGCGGCACCACCUGGACCCUGCGCGCUGGAAGAGGCUGUACGCCCCCCUGCUGGCGCGAGUGCCGGCGGCGCCGCGGGCGGAGGCGGCGCGGGGCGCGGAGGGCCGGGCGACGUGCACGCUGGUGCGGUGCAGCAUCGAGAACAACGGCUGGAACGGCGCGUGGUGCUUCCGCGAGGGGUCGAAGCUGGUGCUGCUGGACACCGCGGUGAGGGACAACCCGGGCUCCGGCGUGGGGACGUGGGACGGCGGCGUGCUGCUGAUCCAGGGCGGCGAGGUCCGCGGGCACAACUACCAGGCGGUGGAGGCGGUGCAGCGCGGCAGCACCAUCCUGAUGCGCGGGUGCAGCUCGCUGGCCAACUCGCUGGCGCUCAACGUGUUCGAGGGGGCGCACGUGCGCGCGCUGGGGUGCAAGCUGAACGAGAACACGUACGCGGGGGCGCGGGCGGUGGACGGCGGGACGCUGAUGGAGCUCAGGGACUGCGAGGUGGUGGGCAACCGGUCGGUGGGCGUGAUGACGGAGCGGCGGUCCUGCGCCGUCGUGCACCGCUCCUGCACCGUGGUCAACAACGGGCACGAAGACGGCCUGCUCAUGGACGCCGACAAUAACAGCGCUGGGCUGAACGACUACGUGCCGGCAGGGGGCAGCCUCCUCGACGAGCGGAUGCUGCGCAGCCACCACGCCCCCCCCGGCGCAGACGUGCCGCGCUUCCUGUCCGCGAUGGACGCCGCCGCCGCAGAGCUCGACGCGGCGUGCGCGCGCUACGAUGUGCGGGUCGACUGA